AAUAGUUGGCAAUGUGUCAGUAAACAGACAUAUCCUUCAAAGCUUGGUGUUGAAGAGAAGCACCUUCCCUCCUAAAAAGCAAUUAAAAUAGACAAGGGAGUACAAUAGAAUAAGCCCCUUCACUUUUUUAAACCACAGGAAUCCAUCUAAGACAAACUAUAAGACCUCGCAUGCUUUGGUUAGAUUAGCUCGCUCCAGGCCUUUAUAAAAAUAUAUUUUACAGAGGGUAGUUGGCAGUGGUUAACACUUGCAGCCUUUCUUUCAGAAAAGGACCAUUUCAUCUCUCUGGCAGGUCACUCUCCUCCUACCGCUUGUUUCUAAUCUCCUAGAACUGUCUCCCAAUUCUUAAUUUUCUUGCUAUUAUAUGGUUUCCGUGUGGAUACAGUAGAAUCUUUAUGGAAUUCAAGUGCUCAUGCUGAAAACCUUUGUAUUUUGAUCCCUGAUAAGUCUCACUGGAUGAGUUCCAAGUUCUUCCAAUUCUGCUGGGUUAACCUAAUUUCAUGGUUUGAGGCUUGUUCAGGUGUCCAUUGAAGGAAAUGCUGAAAGAAAUUUUGCUGGCGGGGUCUUUUGUUUACUUUUUUUUCUUCUUGGUUACUUCUUUGCUUGAACUCUAAUUCAGAACACAACAAUAUCCAUUUACUUUAAAUUACAUCUGCAUCAGGAGCUUUGGUGGGAUCUGCUCUGAUACCCAUUCAGGUAAUUUUCAAGGGGUUUCUAUUUCUCGCCAAAACUUUUUUAUUUGGAUGCCUGAAAGUUUCUGGCAUUUAUGGUCUCCACAGAACCAUAACCCAUUCAGUAGGAUCUAUUUCUGUAGGAUUUUCAGCAGAAUUUGAUGCUUUGAAGUUUUCAUGCAGAUCCCUUUGGGGGAAAUGUUCAAAGAGUUAGCCCAUUGGCCUUCCUUAGUAGCUGGAAAGCUUCAAAAAUUUCUGCUGUGGUCCACUUGUGUAUAAAUUUCUGCUGAAUUUGAUGCCUCAGGGGUCUUUUUGUGGCUGCCUUUUCUGGAAAAUUCCAAAGGGCCCUCUUGUUUGUGAAAGGAAAGCUCAUGCAUUGUGAAAAUUUAUAGUGAAGGCAUUGCUAUUUUCCUCUUACUGUCAUCCUUCCAAACCUAUGUCAGGCCUCUCUUUUCUCUAGAUUAAUUUCUCCCUGUUGUUUCCCUGAAAACCUUAUUGUUGUUGGCUUGCAGCUAGCUUGAGUUUUUAAGUCCUUGAGAAAAAAAACGAAGGUGGUAGCUUUGCUUUUCUGCUAGCAUAUAGAGCUAUAUUAUAUGUUAAGGGAUCAUUUCUUCUUUGUCUCCUUUAUGCUCUGGUGAUGAAAGGUUCACUUUCUUGCCUGUGGGGCACUUUGCAGUAGAAUAUAUGUUUUCUUAUGGUUUUAAAGUCAUCCAGCUGGUGCAUUGCAGGGAAGAGUUUUGAUCUUUUCCAUCUUUCGUGUUACUUGUGUAUAGGAUUCUUCUUCCAAGGGACUACUUUUGCUUUUUGAACCUUGGUGUAAAGCUGCUAAGCACUUGCAGUAUAUGAUUUGAAGAUUCUAUACUAUAUUGAGUCUCAAAGACUUGAGCAGUUGAAGGAGGAAAAGGGGAGUUCUGCAAUUAGCCAAUCUUCCCAAAUGUAUUCAGCUCAGCAAUCUGAUCGGGCCGCGAGAGCAUCUUCGAUGACAGCUCCCCGUUCUUCUGUAAAUGUUACUGAACAAUACGUAGUUACUGAUUGGAACUCCCUUGUUCCGGUGGAUCAAAAUAUGGAGUUUGAUGGAUCAUCUAGUAUCUCUUGUUGUAAUGUUAGGAUACCGCUAAACCAGGAAAUGAAUAGUUCUAAUGCUGAUACCAGGCCUUCUUCCUUCGGCAAUGAGAGCUUUCCUGAGAUGGGGAAGAAAAGGAAAUAUAUGACUGAAUGUGGUUCUGUGCAUCCCCAUUCUCCACUUGAUCGGAUUCGGGCUGAGGCUGAACAGGAGAGAGAUGUCCCUGCUGAGUCUGACGAAAGCCCAAUAGAGCAAGAUGAGAGAAAACAGAAGAGUGAACUGAAUCCAUGCAUCAUGACUCAUAAACAGGCUUUUAAACAUGCCAAGGAACAUCCGCAAGAUGGUGAUGCUCCCAAAGAAGAUUACAUUCAUGUCCGAGCCAAGCGCGGCCAAGCCACCAAUAGUCACAGCCUUGCAGAAAGAGUGAGAAGGGAAAAGAUCAGCGAAAGGAUGAGGCUUCUUCAAGACCUUGUUCCUGGAUGCAGUAAGAUUACUGGCAAGGCUGUCAUGCUUGAUGAGAUAAUCAACUAUGUGCAGUCGCUGCAACGCCAGGUUGAGUUCCUAUCGAUGAAGCUUGCAGCCGUCAGCCCUGAACUGAACUCCGACAAUGAGCAGAGCCUUCUGAAAGAUAUUCUUCAUGCACAAGAUGGAGGUUGUGCUGUUCUGGGGUUUGGUCCAAGAAUGAGCAGCCUUCGCCCUCGUUUGUAUGGGCCAUCAACCAGGGGAGUUAUGCAGACAGAAAUCAUUUGCAGUGUGCCCAAUUCAGAGGACAUGCUUAGAGCUGCCCCACCCCAUAUUUCCCCAGUGGCUCAAAUAUCAAGUGUAUGGCAUGAUGAACUGCAAAAUGUUGUUCGGAUGGGCUUUGUUCCUGAUGCGCCUGCUGGUGGAGGCACAGAGCACAAUGGUUCCAUGAAGGUGGAGCUAUGAAUCCUCUAGUGGAAACAUCUUUAUCCUUCUAACCGAGAUGGUGCAUGUCAGAAUGUAUUCACCAUUACUUGGAAUCUCUGUCAAAAGAUCCAUGGCCCUCUGUUACUAAGGAACAUAGUAUUGUACAGUUUUACAGGCCUAACCAUUUGUCUUCAUUUUUUAGAAGACCUUGUGAAAUGUUCAUGAUGAUUGUGUAUUUCUGAGCUCAUAUAAGCUGAUUCAAUCAAAGGAGUUGUCGUUUUGAUUGGUAUUA